AUGGUAAACUCUAUCAUUACUAUCGAAGGACGUACAGGACUAUUUUUACCUUAUCCUCAGCCAGGAAGUUCUUAUAGGAUUCCAAAGGGUGCGUCCCUACAAUUUAAAAUUGAGGCUUGCAGCAUCAAUGCUUCAAAAUUAUCUGUGUGUAUUGAAGACCAAAAAAUUAAAGCAACCCAGUCUUUGCUAGGAGAUUGGACAGCGGUUUUUACGUUCAAUAAUGCAGGAUGCACCAAAGUUUGGAUUGAAUAUACUGAGCCAAAUUCAGAAAAAACAAGUAAAAAUUAUGCUUAAACAGGUAAAUUUCACUAAAAAAAAAAAUCAAUUUUCAUAUUGGGCGAAUUUCAGCUUAGCAGGAUACAUAGUUAUUGGGAAAUUUAACUGGAUUUUAGUAGACCCAGAGUUCAAGAUAAGAUAUGAGAAUUUUUCUCUAAAGCAAAUCACGCUGCAGACUCUGCUUUCUAGGUGUUUAGGACCAAUACAAAGAUGGGAAUCCAUAAUAAAGGAACAAACAGAUAUUGGUUUCAACAUGUUCCACCUUACACCUAUACAAGAGUUAGGAAGAACCCAAAGCUUAUACUGUAUUAAUGAUUUUCUCAAAUUAAACCCAAGCUUAUUUGUAGCUCCAAGUGUAAAAUGUAUAUAGGACGAAGAAAGGUUUAAGCUGUUGGAGAAUAUGAUUAAUCUUUUUGAACAAAAAUAUGGGGCUGGAUUCAUGGUCGAUAUUGUAUUAAACCACUGUGCAGGGUCUAGUCCUUUUCUUGAAAGCAGCCCGGAGUCUAUACUUUAAAGGCUUUUUGUUUAAAAUUAUAUUAAUAAAUUACUGUUUUUUUAGGUAAAAAUAGGGAUUUUUUUGGAGGAUUAACGAGAAUAAUUAAUUAUAAAGUAUACUUAUAAUUUGACGAAUUGUCCUUAUUUGAAUGCUGCAUAUACCCUUGAUAGUGCAAUUAAGACUUUUUCAGACUCUUUAGCAAAUGAUGAUAAAAUGCUAUAUAGAAAAGGAAAAAUUAUUGAAAACGAAGAUGAUUUAGGAGAAAUCAUGAGAAUUUUAAGAGAAAAUAUAAUACCUAGCUUGCAUUUAGAAGAGUAUUUUCAAAUGAAAAUAAAAGAUACUAUGAGGAAUUUCACAGAAAAUGAGUGUGAAGGGGAGUCAAGCUUAGGAGAUAAGCUGAAGAAUAAAGGAUUUAAAAAAUUUAUUAAAGAAAACGCACUUUUUGGAGAAGGAGAAGGGAGGUUUUCUGUAAGUAUCCAGUCUUUAUAUAAAUAAAUAGCAUUAAUUCAUGCAGAAAUAAAGCAGCUCUUCCUUUCCAUAAAUAGCUUUCAAUUAAUAUAAUUAUAUAAACCCAGAAAUUAUUUGAAAAGCUGCAAAAUCCCUGGGCCUUGAAUCAGAAAAAGUAAUAAAAGACGUCAACAAAGCCCUCCAAGCCAUAAAUUCUGGCCUCCUCUCAGACUGCCGCAAAAACAUUGAAGACGCUCUAAUAAGCAUCGAGUGCGAAAUAAGGCAGCUUAAGCUUAUCUUAAGAAACACUGAAAUCAGUCCCACAAACGCAUUGGUAAAAAAAUACUUUGUCGAGCUUCAAAAUGGAGAAAAAUGUGUCUGCAAUGGUUUUAUUAUCAAUAACAGUGACACACUGAAAGACAUAGCUGCAAAAGAAGGUUGGCAUUAUUUCAGAAGAGACGUAAUGGGCUGGAAUGACUGUGUAAAGCUCAGAUAUGGAAAUUCUAAAGUAGAUUCCCCUGCUUUGUGGGAAAGAAUGGAAAAUUAUGUCAUGGGAAUGGCAAAAAUAUUUAAAGGGUUCAGGCUGGAUAAUGCGCAUGGGACGCAGCUGCAGGUGACAUGCCAUUUGAUGAAGAAAGCAAGAGAGAUAAAUCCUGAUUUAAUUGUGAUGGCUGAGCUGUUUACAAAUGACCCAAAAGUUGACUCUUUGUAUGUAGAACAAGCUGGGAUUAAUUUGCUGAUAAGAGAGUCUAUGCAGAUAGACAGCCCUUAUAAGUACCCUGAGCUAUUGAAUUUUUGUGCAGAAACAGCCAAAAUUAAUGUUUUUGAAGAAAAUCAGCUGAAGCCAGUGCCGAAUUAUAAUUUAUUGUAUGAUUUUAGUCAUGAUAAUUCUACACCAGCGCAGUCAAGAACUGCUGAAGAUUCAUUACCGAAUGCUGGAUUGAUUUCUAUGACAAAUUCUGCUAUAGGAUCUACUUGGGGAUAUGAUGAUUUGAUUCCUCGUCAAAUUUCUGUUGUAUUUGAGAGAAGAUUUUAUUCGACCCAUAAUGACGAUUCCAUAAUAGAAGUCCCUGAGUAUCUGAUGACUGGAAGCAGCGGCAUAAAAGUGCUUAUUCAAUUUACCACAACUCCAGGGAAAAAAGUUGAAAUCAGAGGAGAUUGGGAUGGAUGGAACCAAAAUGUUCAACUCGGAGAAAUUUCUCCUGGCAAAUACGCAGUAUUUUUAGUUUUCGAUGAAAUUCUCGAAGGCAAAGAGUACUGCUACAAGUUUAUUGUAGACAACACCCAAUGGAUUUGUGACCAAUCACAAAGAUAUAUAAAAUCUUGGGAAGGACACGUAAACAACCAAUUUAAAAUAGAAAGAAGGCUUUUCUCCAGCCCUGGAACCUUCAGAAACAUCCGGCCAGUCAGGAAAAUCUUUAACGAUCUGCACAAGCUACUAGACCAAGAAGACUACAGCACCCAGUAUAUAUACAAUUACCCUGAAGAUGUCACUGUAAUAGUCCGUCAAAAUCCAGUCACUUUUCAAUCCUAUACCAUGAUAGUACGGUCUUCAUUUUGGCACAACAAGCGUAAUACGACAGUCACAGGGAUUAAGCUGCCAGGGGUCAUUGACCGUAUUGAGCUCGUCUGCAAGCUAGGCUUAGAGCCUUCUACCUAUAAAGAAGACCCAAAAAUCAUCAACGGUUUACUCGGAAAAUGCGAAAUCAUCAAUUUUAACACCCACUGCACAGUAAGAAAAAUCAGCCAAGAAGACCAGCUUGAUUUAAUUAACAUCCCACCAGGAUUUGUCGUGCUAUUAAAAACCAGGGUGCAAGAAGAACUGAGUGUUAUAGUCCUUGAGCGAUUUUUUGAAAAAUUGAGGGAUUAUGGAGCUUGUCAGGAUAUUCUUGAAGGACUGUGGGUGGACCAAAUAAAUGUCCUUUUGUGGAAAUGUGUCAGGGAAGAAUUUGAUAAUAAAAGGCAAGGAGGGUUAUAUCAGAUUCAAGGGAUUCCAGCAUUAAAUUAUGCUGGGCUUGGAAGUGUGAUUAAAUAUUUGCUAUAUGGGAAUGAGAAUGAGAAAAAUGUGAUUUGAAGCCAUUUUAAAGAUGGGACGUGGUAUAUUGAGCAUGCACUUUCUAGGCUUGCACAGGUGCUUUCAGCAUUGCCGAUUUAUCAUCAUUUAUUUGUGGAAAUAAACCAUAUAAGGCAGCUUCCGAAACAAAUAGUCCCAGAUUUGACGUUUAAGCUGAUUUAUUAUAUAUUCAAAAACAUUAAGCUGUACCUUUUCAAUAACAUUUUCAAAGAUAGUAAAUUAUUCACAGGCAGAGAAAAUCUUUAUCUAUCUGAGCUAUUAGGUGUCGUUUCUACCCAAUUCUGAGGCGAUGUCCAAACUGGACGCACACAUGCAGGGUUUUCUACAAUCGCCAGCUCUCUUCCAAACUUCUCAGCAGGAAAUACAAGAAUGAAAGGAAGAGAAGCCAUGAUUUCAAUAACAGGACUUUUAUUGUGCUUAGGGAGAUAUAAUGAAGCCAAAUAUAUUUUAAUCACUUUUGCUUCUGCAAUGAGACAUGGACUUAUUCCUAAUGUUUUAGACAUGAAUACCGGCAGAUACAAUGCAAGAGAUGUUUCUUGGCUUUUCUUGCAGGCUUUGCAAAACUAUGUAAAAAUGGCUCCCAACGGGCAUGAAAUUUUUAAUGAAAAUGUGACAAUGAAGUAUAAAAGUGAUAAAUGGGAAGAACACACCAUUUUCAGAGACUCCCCCACAUUUAAGCUUUACGAGAUCGUUCAAAAAAUUUUACAAAAGCAUGCAAGUGGGAUCUUAUCUUAUCUUAUGGUAUUUAUAUCGCUUAACGUCCACUACGGGGUUACGACCCCAGGUUUAUCACUCGCCUUUCGUCGCAUCGGGCCCACCCAGUCCGCUGGGGACAGACUCGCUUCGAUCUCCAAGGUGCUUCUAGGGCAAAUGUCCACGUCUUCGACGGCUCAUGAAUGAGCUACUUGCUUGUACAUGGGUUGCUUUUCCGAAAAACCCAAAAAAUGGAUUUUUCUGGUCGGCUAUCGGCAAAAAGGAAAAAUGCAAAGCCUGGGACGUAACGCCCAGUUUCACGCUAGGGAGUUGCCCGAAUGGUCCAGAGGACUUUGCUGGGCUUCCCCUUUCCAACCUGCAUGCAAGUGGGAUCAAAUUCCGAGAAUGAAACGCAGGGCCUGGAUUAGAUUCUUCUAUGAGCAGUGAAGGUUUUGAUGUUACCAUUGACUUAGAUGCUGAGUCAGGACUGAUUGUAGGAGGUUCAGAAUGAAAUGCAGGGACUUGGAUGGACAGGCUAAAAGAUGGGAAGCCUGUAAACCCUAGAGAUGGUGCAGCUAUAGAAAUAAACGGUCUUGUAUAUUCCGCUAUUGAUUUCUUAGACAGCUUAAGCAAGACUGGAAAAUAUCCAUUCUUUUCUGUUUAUCUUGCAAAUGGUGCUGAAUACACCUUUGAGGAGUGGAAAAAUAAGCUUAAAAGUUCUUUUGAAAAACUUUUUUGGAUCCCAAAAGACUUUGUGUCUGACUAUAUUAGACCAGAACUUGUAGGGAUUGCAGGGAUUUAUAAAGAUACAGUAGGUAGCAAGCUUGAGCAAGCAGAAUACCAGUUUAGGCCAAACCAAUACAUUGCAAUGGCUGUAGCCCCUUAUCUUUUUACCCCGCGGCAUGCUAAAGCAGCUUUAAAAAGCGGCCUAAAAUACCUAUUUUCCAGACAUGAAGAUGGGCAAAUCGGUAUAAAAACCCUUUAUAGCCCAGAACCCUCAGAUCCAAGUACUUUUGUUCACAAUGGAGCUGAAUGAAUAUGGCCACUUUGCUACUUCUUAAAAGCCCUCAAGCAUUUUAUGCCAGAAAAAAGCCAGCUUGUCUUAUCAGUUUUAAAUAAUUUCCAAAAAUACAUAGAAAAAUCAGGCUGGUUCAGUCUACCAGAAUAUACAAGCACUUUUGGAGCUAAAGACGAGUCUUCAGAGCCAGCGUCUUCCUGCAGCAUAGGAACCGCAAUAGAGCUUCUUUAUAGUUUCUACUAG